AAAGUCCUUAGGGAAAACAAAGUAAUGGAGAUUCCUUAUUAUUAUUACUACUACUUAGUGUCAUUUGUGCUUACGACAACUUUUGUAAUACAUGCAUGGAAGUUGUUGAACUGGGCAUGGUUUAAGCCAAAGAAAUUGGAAAAGUGCCUAAGAAAACAAGGUCUCAAAGGGAACUCUUACAAAUUAAUAUUUGGAAACCUCAAAGAGUUGUCCAAAAGCCUUGAAGUUGCUAAAUCCAAGCCAUUAAAUGUCUCUGAUGAUGAUUUAGCACCAAGACUUUUCCCUUAUUAUGUAGAAACAAUCAAGAAAUAUGGUAAAAACUGUUUUAUAUGGAAUGGGCCAAUGCCUAUGGUAUUUGUAUGGGAUCCCGAGGAAAUAAAAGAAGUGUUUACAAAAUAUGCUGUGUAUCAUAAGGCUCCCCUAACCAAGUUGCAGGCAACAGGAGUUAUAAGUUAUGAUGAGGAUAAAUGGGCAAAGCACAGAAAAAUCCUCAAUCCUGCUUUCCAUAUGGAGAAGUUAAAGAAUAUGCUUCCAGCAUUUCAAUUGAGCUGCAGUGAGAUGGUGAGCGAAUGGAAGGAGGCUGUCUCCGCGAAAGGAGGAUCAUGUGACCUUGAUAUAUGGCCUGACCUUGAGAGAUGGACUAGUGAUGUGAUUUCUCGUGCAGCCUUUGGAAGCAACUUUGAAGAAGGUCGAAAGAUAUUUGAGCUUCAAAAAGAACAAGCUGAGCAUGCCACUGAAGUUUCUUCCACCAUAUAUAUUCUGGGAUUGUGGUCUUUUCCAACUAAGAGAAACAGAAGGAUGAAGGCGAUUGAGAAAGAAGUUCAAGCAAUUAUUAGGGGAAUGAUCGAUAAAAGAGUGAAAGGAAUGAAAGCAGGGGAGGCCAAUACCGAAGACUUAUUAGGCAUAUUGUUGGAAUCCAACUUUAGAGAAAUUGAAGAACAUGGUAAUAAGAAUUUUGGUAUGACUACGCAAGAGGUCAUCCAGGAGUGUAAAUUGUUCUAUUUUGCUGGGCAAGUGAUCAACGCUGUAUUGGUUGUAUGGACUAUGGUUUUGUUGAGCAGGCAUCCAGAGUGGCAAGCUCGCGCUAGACAAGAAGUUUUGCAAGUCAUUGGAAGUGGCACACUUGAAUUUGAUGUAUUAAACCGCUUAAAAAUUCUGACAAUGAUUUUGCACGAGUCGUUAAGGCUAUAUCCACCUGCUGGAGAUCUUAGUCGAACGGUUACAACUAAAACCAAGCUAGGGGAACUAAUUUUACCAGAAGGGGUGAUGCUGAAUUUGCCAAUAAUUUUAUUGCAUCAUGACAAGGAAAUAUGGGGCGAAGAUGCAAUGGAGUUCAAGCCAGAGAGAUUCAGUGAAGGAGUUUCAAAGGCAACAAAGGGACAAAUGACGUAUUUCCCAUUUGGCGGGGGACCUAGGAUAUGCAUUGGACAAAACUUCGCAAUGAUAGAGGCCAAGAUGGCUUUGGCUAUGAUUCUGCAAAACUUCUCGUUUGAGCUCUCUCCUUCUUAUACACAUGCUCCGCAGACUAUAGUAACUAUGCAACCCCAGUACGGUGCUCCUCUUAUAUUGCACGGAUUGUAAAGUUGAAACACUUUGCAGAGUUGUCCUCUAUUUUCAUUCGAUCACAGGCUAUAUUAGUCAGUUACUUGUAAUAAUUUGCUUAUGUUGAACUAUAGGUGUUAAGAGUUUUCUUAACUAGGCUUUGUCUGAUCUUCCUUAUAGUUAAUGUUGAAGAAUUUUACAGAAUAAUGGAUGCUUUUUCAUGGUCCUUAUAGUUGAUGCUUUUUCUUAACUAGGACUGUUCAGUUUUUUUUGCG